AUGGGGACCAUCGGUACGGAAGUCGUGGGCAUCAUUUUAUCGUUCGUCGGUUUCCUGGGCGUCGUCAUCGUGUGCGGGCUCCCAAUGUGGAAGGAGACAGACUACGUCGGGGCCAACGUGGUGACAGCGCAGAUCGUGUGGGAUGGGCUGUGGAUGAACUGCGUGACGCAGAGCACGGGGCAGAUGCAGUGCAGGAUGCAUGAAUCGCUGCUCCGGCUGUCGCAGGACCUGCAGGGCGCGCGGGCCAUGGUCAUCAUCUCCAUCCUCCUGGGCUGCGUCGGCGUCACCCUCGCCUCCGUCGGGGGCAAGUGCACGCACUGCGUAGAGGAUGAGUCCUCCAAGGCCAAGAUGGUGGUUUUCGGAGGCGUCCUCUGCAUCCUCGCCGGGGUCCUCUGUCUGAUCCCUGUCUCUUGGUCGGCGGCUACCACCAUUAGAGACUUCCAGAACCCCCUGGUCACCGUCACCCAGAAGAGGGAGCUGGGCGCUGCCAUUUACAUUGGAUGGGCAACCUCUGGAUUGCUGAUUAUUGGUGGCUCAAUCCUCUGUACCUCCUGUCAAGGCAACAGGUAUGAUGACCCAUCCUACACUGCCCAGUACUCCUCUCCGGGAUCCACCAUAACUGCCGCAUCAUACAUCCCUGGCAAUGCAAACCUUCCCCAAAGACCGUGGAAGAACCUGCCUGCCGCCAGGGCCCUGGUAGUUAUUGCCAUCAUUGUGGCUGCCAUAGGCAUCCUUCUGGGCAUUUUUGGCGGGAAAUGCACCAACUUUAUUAAAGUCUUAAAAGCCAAGGUGGUCAUUGCCACCUGCAUGACCUUCAUUGUUUUUUUUUUUGAGCUCUCUGCCUGA